ACCAUGGGUGAGUGGCCCCGGAGGACCCUCUGAAGCCGUGAGCCCUGGAUGGCACUCCGCAGAGCCAGGCCAGGGAUGGCGCCCCCAGGGGCCGGCUCGUCACCCAGCAGCCCCAUGGCCACCAAGGAGCUGUCUCUGGCCGGGCUGCGCGCCCAGCUGGACCUGUGCCUGGCCUGCCCCCGCUGCAGUCAGCGGCUCAAUGAGAGCACCUACCUCCUGCGCAGGGUAGAGCACAGUUGUCCCCGGGAGAUCCUGCUGGCCCGCUUCAAGCGAGCCCCCAGGAGCCGCUUCUGGCACAAGGUGGACCGCCGGCCCAGCUUCCCACGGCCUGCCCGCUAUGAGGUCUGCUGGUACUACACCCCGGGGGUCGGCUGCCAACGCCACCACAACCAGUGCACUUUCGCCCGCAGUCCGGAGGAGGCGCUGGUCUGGACCUUCGAGCGUGAGCACAAUGUCCGGCGUCUGUGGCUCAAGACCGAGCUGCAGGGUGAGGCCCGGGGCGAGCUGCACGGCCCGGCGGAUGCCAUCCGUGCGGAGUACGGUGGCCACUUCCAGCUGCUGUGUUCCCACUGCUUCCGGUGCUGUCCCCCGCGCCUCUGCCCCGUGGACCCCCGGGGGCGCUGCCCCAAGCACGGAGCCUGCCCUGCGCUCCUGACCCACGUGACCACCGAGGGCCGCCGCAAGCAGCAGGUCGUGGAGGUGCGGCCGCAGCCCCAGUACGGCCAGCCGCUGGCCUACUGCAUGUACGUGGGGCGCGGGCGGCCGUGCCGGCACGGGGCCUCCCGCUGUCAGUAUGCUCACAGCGCGGUGGAGAUGGCCGUGUGGGAGGCCGAGCAGCUGGACGGGCUCCAGCGGCGGGACCUGCUCUCGCCCACCGCGCCCAGGGAGGGCGAGCACGCGGCCCCCCACGGCCAGCCCGCAGCAGUCAGGCUGUAUUGCCGUGCCUGCCUGGUCACCUGCCACUCCCAGGAGGCCUUUGAGAACCACUGCUCUUCCCUGGAGCAUGCACACAUGGUGGCCCUGGACCAGGCCGAGUCCUGGGAGCACCGCAGCCCGCCCAUGGGGCUCUCCACGUUUGAGCUCUGCCCACAACCCAGCCUCUGUGAGUACGGGGACGUCUGCACCAAGGCGCAUUCCGAGCAGGAGCUACAGGAGUGGAUACAACGGGCACAGACCCUGAAGCUGCGGGAGCAGGCCGCCUGGCAGGAGGGGCUGGUGUCUUACCAGGCACGGCUGCUGGCUGAGUACCAGCACAGCAGAAGUGAGGUCCUGGUGGUGGCUGAGACCGUUGAUGGCGUGUCCGUCACCUGCAGCCAGCCCUUGGUGCAUCAGGCCCAUGAGAAGAAGACUCAGCACAGCUGGAUAUUUGACAUCCACUCUGAGGAGCCCCUGCUACACGUGGCCCUGCUCAAGCAGGAGCUGGGAGCAGACUUCUCGCUGGUGGCCCCCUGCCUUCCGCCAGGCCGGCUCUAUGCCGAGGGGGAGCGCUUCCGAGCGCGAGCCUCUCCGGCCAGGUUCCGGGUGGAGGUGCGUGUGCAGAGCGCCUCCUUCGGCUUCUUCGAGCAGUGGGUGGUCUUCGACUUCGGCCGCAGGCCAGUGCUGCUGCGGAAGCUGGGGCUGCAGCUGGGCCAGGUGCGCUGCCCGGGGCUCCGGGGGGUGGCGGCACGUGACCACCCCGAGGAGCUGGAGCGCUGGCACACGGGCAACCGCCUUGUGGUGCCUGCCGUGGAGCGGACGGCCGAGCAGGUGGCCCUGGUGGCCAAGUACAAGGUGCCCGCCCUGGCGCUGGACUUCAGCCACGGGGGCCCGGCGCCGGGUCCUAUCUCCCGUGCCAACUACCGGCAGAGGAUGCACCAGUUUCUCUAUGAGGAGGAAGCUGCUCAGCAGCAGCUGGUGGCCAAGCUGAACUUUCGGGGCCCGGUGUCCCUGAGGACAACCCUGCAGACGCCGGCCCUGGGCAUGCUCUUCCCGCCGGCAGGAGCCCUCUAUGCCAAGGUCCCCACCCCCUCCUCUCUGAUGCCGGACACACACGAGGGCUUUCUGCUGGGCCGGGCGGUCAGCACAGCCCUUGUGGCCCCUGUUCCCGCACCUGACCACCGGGUGUUUGAGGUGCGGCUAGAAACCCGGGCCAUCUCGGAGCAGGCACUGUGGCUCCUCUUGCCCACCCACUGCUGCUUGGCUCUGGGGCUGCAGCCCGAAACCAGCCCCAUCUUGGAGGUGCAGUUCCAGAUCGACCCGCUGACCUUCCGCUUCUGGCACCAGGCAGUGGACGCGCUGCCCGAGGAGCACCUGGUGGUGCCGGACCUGCCGACCUGUGGCCUGCCUCUGCCUCUGCCCACCCCACCCACGGUGCACGGCAACCACAAGCAGAAGUUGGCUGUGGCGUUCAUUGCGGGCAGCUGCCCCAGGGGCAUGCAGCCCAUUGCGCCCCUGCUCAUCUACGGCCCUUUCGGCACGGGCAAGACCUACACGCUGGCGAUGGCCUCCCUGGAGGUCAUCCGGCAGCCCCACACCAGGGUGCUCAUCUGCACACACACCAACAGCGCGGCCGACAUCUACAUCGAGGAGCAUUUCCACCGCUACGUGAGCAGCGGCCAUCCCGAGGCCUCUCCGCUGCGGGUGAUGUACGCGGACCGCCCGCCCAGCCAGACGGACGCAGCCACGCUGCGGUACUGCCUCCUGACGGAGGACCGCCGGGCCUUCCGCCCCCCGACGCGGGCCGAGCUGGAGCAGCAUCGCAUCGUGGUGGCCACCACCUCCCAGGCCCGCGAGCUCCGGGUGCCGGCCGGCUUCUUCUCGCACAUCCUCAUCGACGAGGCCGCCCAGAUGCUGGAGUGCGAGGCGCUCACCCCGCUGCGCUACGCCUCGCCCAGCACCCGCGUGGUGCUGGCCGGGGACCACAUGCAGGUCACGCCCAGGCUCUUCAGCGUGGCGGGCGCCCAGGCCGCCGGGCACACCCUGCUCUGCCGCCUCUUCUACCACUACCAGCAGGAGGCGCACGAGGUCGCCCGGCGCAGCCGCAUUGUCUUCCACGAGAACUACCGCUCCACCGGGGCCAUCCUCAGCUUCGUCUCGCGGCACUUCUACGUGGCCAAGGGCAGCCCCAUCCACGCCAGCGGCAAGGUGCCUGGCCACCCCGAGCGCUACCCGCUCAUGUUCUGCCACGUGGCGGGCAGCCCCGAGCGAGACAUGUCGGGCACGUCCUGGCUGAACACGGCGGAGGUUGUGCAGGUGGUCGAGAAGGUGCAGGACAUCUACCACAGCUGGCCCCCCUGCUGGGGCGGCCGGGAGCAGAGGCACAUCUGCGCCGUUUCCCAUGGCGCCCAGGUGGGCGUGCUAAGGCAGGAGCUGAGGAAGAGGGACCUGGGCCAGGUGUCUGUGGGCAGCUUUGAGAUCCUGCCAGGGCGGGAAUUCCGCGUCGUGGUGCUGAGCACCGUCCAUAACCACCACAGCCUGCUGAGCUUGGGGGCACCUGCCCUGGGGUUCUUCACCGACGCCCGUGUGCUCAACACCGUCAUGACCCGCGCCCAGUCCCAGGUGGUGGCCGUGGGCAACGCUGUGGCCCUCUGCUCCUUCGGGGCCUGCAGCAAGCUCUGGAAGAGCUUCAUCCGCGAGUGUGUGAGGCACCGCAGCAUCUGCCCCGAGACUCUGACCCUGGAGCACAUCGAGCAGGACGUGGUCCGAAGGCAGCGCUGGGCCCUGCAAGCAGAGGGGACUGGGGCAGCCGUGGCCCAGGACACUGUCCCAGAGGAGGGGGCGGCAGGGACUCUGGCCACAGAGCACGCAGCCACGGAGAGGGUGGGUCCAGCGGCCAAGGCUGAAGGGACGACAUCCCUGUCCAAGGCCUCGGCAGCGGGAGGGGACGCAGCCGCACAGAGGACAGAGGCUGGGGACGCGGCACUGGGGCCCGUGGCCGGGGGCUGCGCAGCGGUGGGGGAGCCCGCCAGGCUGCCCACGGAGGCGGAGGACGCGCCGUCAGCAGGGAACUCGUCGAUGGGGAGCAAGGCCCCCGGGAAGGCGGUGGCAGGGCCGAUGGCCACGGAAAACGGGGAACCCGAGGACCCCGAGGACUCUGAGUCGGACUUCUGGCCUUCCGACACGGAGCUCAACGCUGACGACUCCAUCCUGCAGGAGCUCCUGGACGAGGCCCGGAACGUGAUGGUGACCGUCCGGGAAGAUGGGCUGCUGGACACCGUUGCCAGGCCCCAGUCCCCAUGCCAGGCCCAGCAGUACAGGAACCUGCCACGGGCCACGCUGCGGAAGCUGCUGGCCACGGAGCCUGCGCUGCACCGCCCCUGUGCCUUUGUGCAGGAGACCUUUGAGCGGGCGGUGGCCAUCCCGCUGGAUGACACAGAUUGCGGCCCCAUCCAGAUCAGGGGCCGCUUGCACUGUGGGAUGGCCUUCAGCGGGGACGAGGUGCUGGUGAGGGUCCUGGGGGGAGACCAGGGCUCCCCCGGGAGGCUGCAGGGCCGCGUGAUGGGCGUGCUCAAGAGGAAACGCCGCGAGCUGGUGUUCGUGUGCCGCAUGGACGAGUGGGACCCCCGCCUCAUGACCCCCAUCGACGGCUCCGUGACCAAGAUCUUCGUGGCCGAGCUGAAGGACCCACUGCAGGUUCCCGUGCACCGUGUGCAGCAGGGCCGCGUGCAGCGCGUGGGGUACGAGCGGCUCCCCGCCGAGGCCCGCAGCAGUCGGCUCUUCUGGGUGCGCAUCGUCUUGUGGCGGCAGCGCUUCUACUAUCCCCUGGGCAUCAUCCUGGAGGUGCUGCCCGAGGCCACCACCUGGGAGCAGGGCCUCCGCAUCCUGGACCUGGAGCACGGCCUGAGGAAGCCCUCGCUGGAGCCGGCCUCCGUCAGCAAGGCGCUGCAGAAGUGUCGGGCAGAGCUCGGCCGGGCCCCCGACCGCCGGGAGGACUGCCGCGGCUUCCUGACCUUCACCGUGGACCCCCAGGGCGCCUGCUGCCUGGAUGAUGCCCUCAGCGUCCGAGAUCUGGGCUCCACGUACGAGGUGGCCGUGCACAUCGCCGACGUGGCCAGCGCCAUCCCCAGGGACGGGCCUCUGGACCUGGAGGCCCGCAGACGGGGCACCACGUUCUACGCCCCUGACCGGGAACCUGUGCCUAUGCUUCCAGCCAGCCUCUGCCGGGACGCACUCAGCCUCCUGCCCGGCCAGGACCGCUUGGCCAUCUCCCUCUUCCUCACCGUUGAGAAGGGCAGCGACCAGCUCCAGAGCCUGCGCUUCGCACCCUCUGUGGUCUGCUCUGACCGUCAGCUGUCCUACGAGGAAGCCGAGCACGUGAUCAGGGGGCACCCGGGCGCCGGCCACGAGCUGCCAGCCCGCCUGGACUCUGUGGACGCCGGUCUCGUGGCCGCAUGCCACUUCUCCCGGGUGCUGCGCCGAGCCCGCCUGCGGACCGACUGCCACUACGAGCAGCCCAGUGAGGACUGCGUGCUGGGCUUCCGCGCGGCCCACGUCAUGGUCAAAGAGUACAUGAUCCAGUUCAACAGCCUGGUGGCCGAGCUCCUGGUGAGCAGCGAGCACACGCAGACCGUCACGCCGCUGCGGUGGCAGCCCGCGCCCAGCGAGCACCAGCUCGGGGCCUUGCGUGAGAAGCACCGGGAGCUGGUGGCCCUGUCGCUGCACCUGCGGCACCGCCUACGGGGCCGCGGCCCCCCCGGCACACAGGUCCACCUCCUGGGCUCCCUGUGGAGGCUCCUGCAGCGCGCAGCCCGCGCCGGGGACCGCGACCGGCUGGCCGACCUCAUCACCACGGAUGACAUGCACCCCUCUCUGGCCCCCGUGGGCCUCGACUUCCGCAAGGCGCUGGGCCGCUCGGUGUUUGGCCGCUCCCGCCACGGGGCACGGCAGGCGGCCGGCCACUACGCGCUGCAGGUGGACUGGUACACGUGGGCCACCUCGCCCAUUCGCCGCUACCUGGACGUGGUGCUGCAGCGGCAGGUCCUGCUGGUGCUGGGCCACGGGGGCUCCUCCUACUCCGCCAGGGACAUCGACGGGCUCUGCCAGGAGUUCAGCCACCAGCAUGGGCGUGCCCAGAGCUAUCAGCGCCAGGCCCGAAGCCUGCAUCUGGCCACGCGGCUCAAGGUCCAGCCGCGGAGCAAGCUGGGCUUCGUGGUGGGCGUGGAGGCGGGCGCCCGCGGCUUCAGGCUGCUCUUCCCAGCCGACCCCGAGACCCUGCCUGACCCCUGCCCUGUCCACUACCGCUCCCUGCAGCUGGCGGAGCACCCCAGCGACCCGGUGAGGCGGCCGGGCCUGCGGCUGCGGUGGCGGCGCCGAAUCUACUCGGUGCAGGCGGACAGGCGGCCCUCCCUGGUGCCCGGCACCCUGCUGGACCCACACCGCCGGCGGGUCGAGGCCGCCCUGUGGCAGCAGCUGCUGGAGCUGGUGCAGGAGGGGCGGUGGCCCGAGGCGGCCGCCCUCGUGCGGGAGCAGGACGCGGCAGAGCCCCAGCCGCUGGAGCUGGGCUGCGUGUGGCGGAGCCGCUGCGGCCACUUUGUGGAGGUGGCCCGGGAGCUGGGCAGUGGGGACACGCUGCAGGUGCAGCUCAGUGCCGUCCUGCAGCGGGGGUUCCUGGUACCGAGUCUGCAGCUGUGCGCUGUGGUGCCUGGCCUCACCCUCUGCCUGGAGCACGUGGACCGGCCAGGCGCCUGCUUCCUGGACCAGAUGCCCCGCGCGGCGCGGGACCGCUGUCUCGACCUGGGCGAGUACUCCCGCGUGUGGGGGUCGUUCUGCUCCCUGGAGUCGGCCACCAGCGCGGUCUCCGAGGGUGACUCCAUUACGCUGCAGCACGUGAGCAUAUCCUGGGAUGCGGAGCAGGUGGCCCAGGGCCAGCUGUGGGGCUCCCUCUGCCUGGAACCUUCCUUCCUCGGUGAGCACGGCAUUGACCUCAACUUCGGCCACUGCUACCUCUGCAUCCGGCUCGAGGGGCUGCCGGCCAUGCCCGCUGCAGGGGAGCUGUGCCCCCCGGCUGGCCCUGGCCAGCCUCCCCUGGCCGCCCCGCCCUGCGGGCCCCUCCUGAGCAUCGACCCUGACACGUACACAUGGGUGGCCCACGGGCUGAUGGAGCCCUGGGACCCGAAGGAGGGCUGGGCCGACCGGCAGGAGACCCCCAGGCAGAUGCACUUCUUCAUCCAGCACAUGGCCAUGGAGAAGGUUCCAGAAGAGGUGCUGAGACCUGACACCCGAUUCACCAUUGAGGUGCUGCCCAAGCAGCUUCCUGACAUUCGCAAGGAAGAAGCCGUGCGUAGGUUGAAGCGUGCGUCCCCGCUGGUCGUCAGCAUUGCCCUGGGCCGGCCCAUCCCUCCGGCCUGCGGUCUUCCUCCCCAGCAGACCCUCCACAGAGGUAGGUCGAGGGACCCUCCAGCGCCCCCCCACCAUGUCCCUUCAUCCUGCCUGGGCCCUGCCCUGCGCCCCUGCUCAGGCAGGCCUGACCCUUCCUUAGGGACGUACAGGAGGCUCCUGGAGAAACAGACGUUCGACCUCCCUGGAGGCUGCCACACGCUGAACUCCAGCCAGAACCGGGCUAUCAGGGCGGCCCUGCAGAAGCAGUUCACGGUGAUCCAGGGCCCGCCAGGCACGGGGAAGACGGUGGUGGGUUUCCACAUUGUGUUCUGGUUUCACAAGUCAAAUGAGGAGUGGGUGAAGGCCUGCGGCGCCCCCGGUGAGGAGAAGCCGCUGGGGGGCCCCUGCAUCUUGUACUGCGGCCCCUCUAACAAGUCGGUGGAUGUCCUGGCAGGACUGCUGCUGAGCAGGAGAGCAGAGUUGAAGCCGCUGCGAGUGUAUAGCGAGCAGGCCGAGGCCACCGAAUUCCCGGUGCCGGGUGUGGGCAGCAGCGGCCCGCCCAAGAAGACCCCUCGGGAGGGGAGGCCCAACCAGGCCCUCAGGAGCAUCACCCUGCACCACAGGAUCCGGCACCCCUCCAACCCCUAUGCACGGGACGUCAGGGAGCUCGAUGCCCGUUUGCAGAAAGGGGAGGUCUUUUCCAAGGACGACCUCAGCCAGUACAAGCAGGUCCUGGGGAAGGCGCGGAAGUUCGAGCUGGAGCAGCACAGGGUCAUCCUGUGCACGUGCUCGUGUGCGGCCUUAGCUAGUCUCAAGAAGCUGGCUGUCAGGCAGAUCCUCAUCGAUGAGGCAGGCAUGGCCACAGAGCCCGAGACCCUCAUCCCCCUGGUGACCUUCUCAAAGGCGGAGAAGGUGGUUCUUCUUGGGGACCACAAGCAGCUGCGGCCUGUGGUCAAGAAUGAGCAGCUGCAAAAUCUGGGGCUGGAUCGGUCUCUCUUCGAGAGGUAUCACAUGGACGCCUACCUGCUGGACACUCAGUACCGCAUGCACGAGGGCAUCUGUACCUUCCCCUCCAUGGAGUUCUACAAGAAGAAGCUGAAGACCUGGUGGGGCCUGAAGCGGCCGCCCAGCGUCCUUGGCCACACCGGCAAGGAGAGCUGCUCUGUCAUCUUUGGCCACAUGCAGGGCCGGGAGCAGAGCCUACUGGUGUCCACAGAUGAAGGGAAUGAAAACUCCAAGGCCAACCCGGAGGAGGUGGCAGAGGUGGUCCGCAUUGCCAAGCAGCUGACCCUGGGCAGGACAGUGGAUCCCAAAGACGUCGCCAUUCUCACUCCCUACAAUGCUCAGGCUGCGGAGAUCAGCAAGAGUCUUGGGCGAGAGGGUGUCACUGGAGUGACCGUGUGCUCCAUCACCAAGAGCCAGGGAAGUGAGUGGCGCUACGUGCUGGUGAGCACCGUCCGCACGUGCCAGGAGAGUGACCUGGACCAGCGGCCGACUAAGAGCUGGCUUAAGAAGUUCCUGGGCUUUGUCGUGGACCCCAAUCAAGUCAACGUGGCCAUCACCCGGGCCAAAGAGGGACUCUGCUUCAUCGGAGACCACCGCCUCCUGCGUUGUUGCCCUCUCUGGCGGAGAUUCCUGGACUUCUGUGAGGACCAGCAGACCCUCGUGCCCGCCAGCCAGGUGCGAGUUCGGAGGAGGCCAGCGGUGUCUCCUUGAAGAGCCCACUCUGCCUGCCCACUGCCCUCGGGCUGCCAGGACUGCGAGGUGAAGUCCUGAGCCCCCUUCUGCCGCUGCCUUGCCAGGCCCCACUCAGCAGAAUCCCACGUGCCUUCGGUGGGCACUGCUGGCCGCCCCGCCUACGUGGCUGGGUCUCUGCUGCGGUUCUGAGCAAUAAUCCCCUCCUGGAGUCUUGGCCUCUCCCCGGGGCGGGAGCAGGACAGACCCCGCCCUGCCAGCGUGCGCCUACACUUGGGAGGAAGAAUCCGAGCUCUCCCCGCUGUGCUACUUUUGUGGGGACAUUUGGUGACAGGGAACAUCUCAGGGGUGUGGGAUGGAGGGGGAAGUCCUCUGGACCUUCUGGUGUUGCUGGGAAGGUUUGGGGUGGGGAAGGAAAUCCCAGUGGGGCUACUCUUCGGUCUUUGGAUGCCAUGCCUGACCACACUGGGUGCUGGGUGUGGAGCUCAGCCUUCUUUUCUUCUUUCUUUUUUUUUUUUUCAAGUAGGCUCCAUGACCAGUGAGGGGCUUGAACUCAUGGCCCUGAGAUUAAGAGUUGCUUGUUCUACCAACUGAGCCAGCCAGACCACCCUAUUUUCUAUUUUUAAAUAAACCAAACACCAGUGUCCUUUUUA